UGUAUAAUGUUUUAUUAACCUAAUGUAUUGUUUAUUUUAUAUUUUAAAUUUGCAGGACUUGGAAAACUUAGGGAACAAUGUAGAUUACUCUGGUAGAUUUGUUACGGAUAGGGAAUUUGAUUCCGUAGAUGAAUUACAUAGUUGGGCCAAUGAGAUAGCAAUAGGGAUUGGUUUUCAAUUUACACGUGCUUCUUAUAAACAAAAAGAAGGAGUAUCUAGAGUUAGUUUGUAUUUAAGAUGUCAAUGCUAUGGUAAUAUUAGGGGUGAUUUGCAUAACCUAGAUAGAUAAUGCUGCCUGACCUGGUUCUAAAAGUAGAACAUGUCGGUGUAAAUUUAUGAUUGUAGCAAGUAGUCGUAAACCAGGAGAAGGACCUUGGACGGUGAAGGUGUGUCCUGAGGAAAAGGUAGACAUAACCACCGAUUCUUAGUGUACAGAGAUGGUCAUGUAAGGGCAAAUAGGUUGAAUAUAGAUAUUCGGCAGCACAUACGAGAGCUUAGUGCAACCGGCAUGCAACCUGCCUUUAUCAUUACUUCAAUUAGAGAAAAUUUUCCUGGUUUUUUUGCUAGUAUGAAUUAGAUAUAUAAUGUUAGGCAAUCAAUAAGGAGAGAAGAGAUGGAGGAUAGGACUCCCCUUCAACACUGUCUUUAUAUGGCCACAGAGCAUAAUUACGUGGUUUGGACAGACUUGGAUAAUGAAGGGGAAUUGAGCAGAUUAUUAGUUGCAAAUCCUACCUCCAUCCAGAUGAUACGUACGUGGCCGUAUGUUGUGUUGAUAGAUACAACGUACAAAACAAACAAACAAAAGUGGCCACUAUGUGAAGUAAUCGGAAUGACGCCAAUCACAACUUCUUUGUUGCGUUUUGUUUGAUGCGAGAUGAGGCGGCUAUGUCAUAUUCGUGGGUGUUGCAGGGAUUGAAAGAUAUUUUUGGCACAGCUCAGACUCCUAGCGUCAUGAUCGAGAUGAGGGUUUAUCUGCAGCUAUUCGUGAUGUCUUCCCAUGUAAAAAGGUUUUGUUGAUUAAUUAUUGUCAUUCUAUUAUUGAAUAUGUCUUAAUUACGUUCGAUGUUGUGUUUAAUGAAGAUAUGCGACAUUUGUUAUGCGUAUGGCAUAUAGCCAACGACGUUGAGAACAUGGUGGACAAGUUGUGUGGCAGGAAAAGAAAUCAACAAGGGCAGUUAUUCAGUUAAAGUAGAUGAAACCCCUUGGUUGACAAUUCUACACUUGCCGAAUUUGAAGACAGAUGGCAAUCGAUUGUGACUACCUAGUCGGUUAGGAACAGAAAGGUCGUUCGAUAUUUGGCUGGAACAUGGAUUCCACUUAAAGAGAAAUUUGUGCGUGCAUGGACGAAUGACUGUUUAAAUAUGGGUAACCAGACUACCAGCAGAGUUGAAAGCCAACAAUCAUCUUUCAAGUACUAUCUUGGUAGCGGUAUUAGCUCAUUUGAUACCCUGUUUAAAAGGGCACACGCACAGAUAACAAAUCAGCAAGCCAGGAUCCGACAAGCGUUACAGGAAUCCAUGAAUUCUAUUUCAAGGUCGUUGCGACAUCAUUUCUUUAGACCUUUAUAUCGCCAUGUAUCUAUUUUUGCCUUGGAACAGUUGCGGCUUGAGCAUAACCGUAUGUUAGAUUUGAGUGACUAUCUAUUUAACAAAUGCGGUUGUGCACUUCAACGCACCCAUGGAUUGCCGUGUGCUUGUUAUUUCUAUCUGUCGCUCAGAUCACAUGGUUCUUUGUAUUUGGAUGACAUUCAUCCAUUCUGGAGAACUUUGAAGUACACAGAGGUAGGAGCUGACACCAACGAAGAAGUACGGCACGCAAACGCCGACGACAAAGAGUACUUUCAAUCAUUGGUCGAUGAAGUCUUAAAAGCUGAUCCCGCAGUUGUACGACGCUUGUCUUAGGUACUUGAAGAUGAAUUACACCCUGAUGGAGCCGAUAUACCUGAGCCUUACGCAAGUCCACCUAGAAAGGGAAGACCAACCACAACAAAAAUCCUUAGAACAAAUAAAAGCGCAUUUGAAUAUAGUAGAUCAUCUUCUCGUGAUCGAGGGUCUAGAUCUUCAUCCCGCGGGAGAUCUAGUGGUCGAGAAAUGCAAUCCUCAGUUGGAAUUAAGUUUACUUUCAACUUAUCCGAUGGUCCAGCAGGUCGUGAUUUUUCACUGUUUCCAUGGCCGAAUCACAUCCCGCAUAUUCUCCCUCCUUACUUGUUUGAUUGGAUUGAUGUUAUGGGUGACGGUAAUUGUGAAUUGCCGUCACAGAGCUGGGAGGCGAGGAGGCAUGGCCUCUUUUAAGACGUGCAAUGUGUAUGGAAAUGCAAAUGAACAGAGAGCAAUACCUACGUGUGUAUCUAUCGGCAGAGGCGUUAGAUAACGUUAUAUUUGGUAUUGGUUCGCAUAGCAAUGGACCUGCUCCGUUUAUACAUAGGUUGGAUGCACCGAUGGCAUUGUACUCUGCAGCAACGUUUCUUAACAUUGUCAUGACUUAUUAUGGUUCUGCUGACGGUAAUCCAUACUAUAACUGUUUAAUUCUUCCGUUAAGGAAAGCAGCGGGUGUGCGUAGUGUAAAUAAAGUUAUACAUAUAUGUUAGGGGAAUAGAAAUCAUUUUGUUCAACUAUUAAUGAAUGAUGAUUCAUCUCCACUGCCGCCAGUCCAGCAAUCAUGAAGAGAAGCAGUUGACAAUUCUUCAAGACAUAUAGAAACACAUUUUUGUAGCAGGAUUUUGCUUUGGAAUAGACUAUACGGGACACAACCACCAAAAGGUAGUAACACCACUGAAGAUGCUGUAAAUUUAGAUAGUCCAUAGUGUAACUAUUGUGUACAUCAUUAUUUAGUUUAACUAUACAUGUAGAUAGAAUUCAAUUUGUAGAUAGUCCAUAGUGUUACUAUUGUGUACAUCAAUAUUUAGUUUAACUAUAUAAGUAGAUGGGAUUCAAUAUGUGGAUACAAUUCAAUAUGUAUAGAAUUGUUGUAAA